AUGGAUACGAUGGAGCCUGUAUUGGUGUCUACCAAUGAAGGAGCAUCGCUUGCCGGAGCGGCUGCUGAGGAUACGAUACGACACGAUACAAUAUCCAGCCGUGGUGUAGGAGGAUUUGAUAUCUCUCUCGUAUCGAGACGAGAAGAGGAUAGUACACUCGCUCAGAAACCGUCAAAAGACGGACUCAAAUCAGUCCAGGAAACGUCAAUGUCGGUGGAGCAGAACGCAAUACUCCGGGACAAAUAUCAGAGACUGUCUGUUGAAAGAAACUCAACUGAGGGAAAGAAAAGGAAGGGACAACACGGAGGAGCCCAACAAGAAGCCGUCGACGUGCUGCAGACCUUCAAGAUUAAACCUGGCCUGACGUUUUACACCUCUCCGAGGGCUCCAACUUUUGGACCCACCAAUGUCAGAAUUAUCGACCAGUCAGACCGGGAGAAGCGCUUGAUCUGCAAGGACACAGUUGAUGCCACCCCCAUCCCUCAUGUUGCUCUAUCAUUUCGCACGACGACGUGCAAGACAGACCAUCAGGAACAACGUUUCCCUAAUCAUCAGGAUUCCCACCAGCAUCUCAGGCGCGCUCUUCGUCUGACCGCUCCCCCAGUCUACGUUGCAGACCCCACAGUUCCAGAUACCCUCAGUUCCCGAUCUACACACUACGCCACCACUGUUUCGCACCACCGGCACCGACAGCGGGUAAAAGAUCAACCUCUGACGCUCGUUGCACGAACCAAACCCAACGAGAAUCCAAACCCUCACUACCUCCAACCUUCUCCACUUACAUGCUUCGGUAGUGAACAGAACCGAAGGCUUGAAGAAAAUCAAUCAGCCCGACAGAGCACUGGCACCAUUGCAUCCGUCAAGGAACUUCAAAUUACCACAUCGCGGCUCACACCCGUUCCAGUUCCAUCUUCCAAGACCAUCAAACAGCGGGCCGCAAACCUGUAUCGCAUUUCCCAUGCUGUCGAUGAUGCAGAAUCUGAUUCUGGUGGUUAUGAUCGCAUGGCAUCGCCUACGCUCCUUCUGUACUGUAAUCAAAACAACCUAGUCAGACCAGUCCAGCACGCCUCGUAUGCAAUGCACACACACGCAUGUCCGCAUGUCAACAUUAUCUCUGGGUAG